AUGAUGUCAACUCCGUCCUCGACCGCGCGAAGUGCGACUGCGACUUCGCCUCAGGUCACCGCGUCGGUCGUCAAGUUCCACUGUCUCUACACCCACGACCUGCGCCGCAAGUCGAAACGUUGGCAAGAUGGCUAUCUACGCUACCACAAGUUCAACAAGCGCAUAAUGGUUUAUGAUGACCAUGGAAACUUCAUCGGUGACCACCAUUGGCGAUCGAAUGACGAGGUCCAAGAUGGCGAUGAACUCGAGCUGGAUAAGGGUGUUCUCAUCCAAGUUACCGAAUGCACCGGGACGAGUGAAACCGAUAUUACGAACCUCUACGAGAAACGAAAUUCCAGCCAGGGCUCACCACAGACUAAAGCUCCAUUAUCCAAAGCUCCCCGCUCCUCGGCACCAUUCCGUUCCUCCGGCUCCCAAUCUUUCCGUUCGCUAAACGACCUAUUGAAUAUCAAGAAGACUCCGAUCGGACAUCUGGUAUCCCCAUACGAGCAAAGAAAUCCCCUACCGAAGACACAGAACCCGGAAGAACAUACAAGACCGGCGAAACGUCAGAAAACAACCACGGCGGUGCCUGUAAACUCAGAAAGAACGUCGCGCGUUCACAGCUCGGUUAUUGAUUUGACGGAGCCGAACCCCAGAGCUCCUCCGAGACAGGAAAAAAAUGCACAGGCAGAAACAGAGCCUCCCGGUUCUGGAGGUUACCCGCUGGUCAAUGCAUAUCCAACAGUUCGUGAAGCUACAAGGACGGUUGCACCAAAGCCAACAGUGCCCCAGAGACCCAAUCCUCCUACUACAAAAGGCCCGGUAGUUGCUGCACCUGGAAUGACGAACAGUCGGCCAAAGCCAAUGGCACCACCUUGUGUAGCACCAAACCCUAUACAAUCUGCUGCAUCAGUGAACAAUGGGCCUCAAGACCCACCGCAGCCCAUGCAGUCUCAGAGAACCCUUCCUAUUGUCACAAGAAACCCCGUCACUGCGCCCGAAAUGGACAGUAAUCGACCAACACCAAGGGCGCCACUUCCCACAACACCCAAAGCUGUGCAAUCAGCCACAGCCGUGAACAAUACGCCUCAAGAUCUGCCGCAGCUCCAAAGACCUAACAGCGCAGAAUUUUCAAGGCCUUCUGCUGUUCCGGCGAUAUCAGAAUCUCUACCCCAGGGAAGAACAACAACGGAUGGAUCCGUUACAGAGGUUGCAGAUAGAUUGAACGAUUUGUCAAACUCCACGCAACCACCAAGACCGGGCCCUCCGACAGCUUUGCGGCCACCUCCAGCUGCACCAAAACCGCUUACCACCCGUCCCAUACCAAAUGCAUCUGUCAAAACAAACAACAAAAAUGCAGAACAUUUGAAGCCUCCCAAUGAUACAGCUUCCAAUGAAAUGCCACCUCCUUCACGUCCAUCCCCCGCAGUACCGUCGGACAAACCAACGACUUCUUUACGAAUGGCAGCUGCGAAGCCUCGUAGGAAGCUGAUGUACAGCGCACUGCUGCCAGGUGAUAUCUUACAGAAAUCAUCUUCUCCACCGACAAGGACAGCCCCUGACCCCGAAUCACGUGAGACCACCACGACUUCCCAAGAGCCGCAAUUCACAAGACCAGUCGUUCCCCCGACUGAGGAUCCAGGAACUGCAAGUGAAGACUUCAUGCCGUCAGCGUCAACGCAAUUCAUCUUUGACGAGAUGCUUGAUGGUUCAGGCUUGAAACCGCCUUCAGCAAUUCGGAACUUAACAGGUAGAAGAUCUCUUGAUUCGCCUUUGCGCAAGUCAUUAUCGGAUCCAACUGCAUUGAUUUCACGACAAGGCCACCAGGCCCGUUCAAGCCUGACGAGAAGCUUCUCAACUGCAGCAGGCCAGGAAAACGAACCCAAAGAAGAAGGACCAUGGACAUCUGAAGCUUUAGAUCUGUUUGAUUUCUGGCCCGCUGGACGCCCAAAACCUACGUGA